GUUGCCUUGGGAGAAGUAACACGGGCACUCGAUUGCAGGUCCUCAUCGCUGAAACCACGUCCCCUCACAUCAGCAACUCACUCCCCAAGUAUCCUGGAUUUACCACUGAACAAAGGAAAGUAGCCAGAGCCCCGCUCCAUCCGAGUAAGGUCAGUGAUGAUCAGGAUUUGUUAGAGCCUGCAGAGCUGCUGAGGAUGUCUUCCUCCGAUUCGGACUAUUCCAUUGAUUGGCUGGCCAGUGAUGAGGAGGACGGCGAGAGCGAACAGGGCCUGCACCAGUACCAGCGCUCGGACUGCGUGAGGCGGGCCACCUCCUCCUCGGCCGCCGCCGGGGUCAAGAGGUGCCUCUCGCCCCCCUCGUCCGAGGACAGCCGGGCGUCAUCCUGCGCCCGCCACGACUUCUGCGAGGACAGUAGCAUGGUGAGGGAAGAGGAGGAGGAGGAAGAGGAUGAGGAAGAGGAGGAGAGGAGCGCGGUGGGCAUGAGUGACCGCUCCGCCUGUAGCUCCCCGUCCAGCUGUAUGGGCUCGUGCGACGGAGUGGCCGAGUCCCGGCGGGAGUGGCCGGGUGCGGGGGUCAGCGACGGGGUCAAGCCCAGGCACACCUGGGGCGCGGAGAGCCCCAAAAAGAGACUGGCACACAAGAGGGCCCGCAGCUCUGGGGGCCCCGAGCAGAGAGACGAGCGGCCCCUCGCACCACACCCCAGCGACAGGGACCGCCUCUUCGCCAGCAAGUGCAUGGAGCUGCAAAGCUAUAUCCCCCCUCUGUCCUCAAUCUUGAAUGGCCUCCGACUGGGACGAUAUAGAGAACGCCUCAGCAGUUUCCAGGAGAGUGUGGCCAUGGACCGCAUCCAGAGGAUAAUGGGGGUCCUGCAGAACCCACACAUGGGCGAGCGCUACGUCAACAUCAUCCUGAAGGUGGAGGAGAUGCUGAAGAGUUGGUUCCCCCACAUCAGACCUGUCCAGCACGCCGACAAACACACAUCAGUGGGCCACAUGGAGCCCCUCUCCAAAAAACAAAAGUUCUCCCCGGCUGCGCUGGCUCGGCCCGUCGCCAUGGUGACGCCGGCGGCGACGGCCUGCGCCAUGCACCCGGUGGCGGGGGGGACGCUGGCGAAGGGGACGGCGCUGUGCGUGCGGGACCUGACGCCGGCCGGGCCCUACUCGGCCACCAAGCUCAAGUGGCUGCACACGGCGCCCAUCUGCUCGCUGACCGCCGAGCACGCCCAGGGCACGUCCGUGCGCACCACCACGUCGACGUCGUCGUCGGCGUCGUCGUUGACGACGGCAGCGGUCCCGCCCGCCCAGCGCGACCAGGACGUCACGCAGGACAACGCCGUGUCCUCCAGCACGGACGCCGCCACGGCUACCGUCGCCGGCGGCAACAACAACAAUAGCAACAGCAACAGCAGCAGCGGCAGCGGCAACAAGGCAGGGGGCGCGCGCGGCAAAACGGACUCGGCGUCGCUGCGCCAGGCGGCCCUGGCGGCCCCGGGCAGACCCCCGCUGGGCAAGAUCAACGCGCCCUGCCUGGAGAGACUCCUCAAGGCCACCGAGAGCAUCAUCACGCAGCGGGGGGGCGGGGGGGUGACGGGCAGCGGCUGGUCCUAGUCCACAGCCUCGCCGCGCCCAGCCACAACCCCAACUACAACUACGACUAGAACUAGAACCAGAACCAGGCCAGCACAGCACUGCCCCCCCCUCCACAAGGACACACACACAUGGACACACACACACACACACACACUCCCACAUGCUCCCCGACAUGGGUCCCCACCAGAGUCUGUGUGCUCACACCGAACCCCAGUCCAGCCUUCAGGAGAUGAUCGGGGGAGAGAGGGAGGCGGAGAUGGACUGAAAGACAGAGAGAGAGAGAGAGAGAGAGAGAGCAGCAGCAGUUUAGAGGGGGAAGAAAGAGGACUUUCAUACAGAAACAGGGGCGUCUGUGAAAAGUGAACUGUGUGUGCGAGUGUGUGUGUGUGUGUUUGUGUGUGUCUGUCCUCAUCUGACUUAAGACUGUAUUUGCAUUAAGUUCUCCCCCUAUUGCUUUUCUAUUUCUGGUGUGGUUGCGCCUCCCCUCUCUCCUUUGAGUGCGCUGGUUAGUGCGAUGGACAGAACAGGAAGAGAGUGGGAGGGGAAAGGAGAGGAGAGGAGGGGAGAG